GAAAACUGGACCCGUUGCACCCCGUAACACACAGUAAUGAAUUCAACUGAUGUGAAGAAGCCUCAUGUGGUUUUCAUACCAUUUCCAGCACAAAGCCACAUCAAGUGUAUGCUCAAAUUAGCCAAACUACUCCACCACAUGGGCAUCAAUAUAACCUUCAUCAACACCCACUCCAACCAUAAGCUACUCGAAAAGUCUAGUGGGAUCCAUGACCUUGAUGGUUUUCAUUUCAAAAUGGUUCCAGACAGUCCCUCUUAUUCUACAGAAGAUGGUGUCAAACAUACUGCAGCCAUAGGUGCUGAACUAUGGAUCUACCUUAAAACCACUUUCUUUGAUUCCUUUCUUGAUCUUGUAUCCGGGCUGGAAACUCCAGCCAAUUGUAUUGUUUGUGACGGGUUUUUGAGUUACCUAAAUAUGGUCUAUGCUGCUGAGAAGCUUAAGAUACCACUCAUCCUUUUCUGGACCGUGGCUGCUUGUGGAUUCAUGGGGGUUUACCAAGCCAAAGUUUUAAUGGAGAAGGGAAUUAUUCCACUUACAGAUGAAAGUUAUUUGACGAAUGGGUAUCUUGAUAUGGAAAUAGAUUGGAUUCCUGGAAUGGAAGCAAUCCGUUUGAAGGACUUAUGGAACUUUGUUCGAGCCACAAAACCGACUGACCCUGGGUUAAAAUACCUUCGAAAAACCGCUGAGGCGGCUGAUAAGGUUUCACAUAUGAUCAUACAUACGUUUGAAGAACUAGAGGCUAGACUUGUAAAAGAGCUUAGAAUUAUCUUUCCUAAUGUCUACACCAUCGGGCCUCUUCAGUUACUUUUGAAUAAAGAAACCGAGAACUCAAGUUUCAAUGGUUAUAGUUUAUGGAACGAAGAACCCGAGUGUGUCGAGUGGCUCCAAUCGAAAGAGCGUGAUUCUGUGCUGUAUGUCAACUUUGGAAGUCUAACGGUAAUGUCUUUACAAGAUCUUCUUGAAUUCGGUUGGGGACUAGUUAACAGCAACCAUUACUUUUUAUGGAUUGUAAGGACCGAUUUAGUUGAUGGGAAGCCUGUGGUUUUGCCUCAAGAACUCGAAGAGGCGAUGAGCAAGAAAGGAUUUAUAGCAAGCUGGUGUUCACAGGAAGAGGUCCUGAACCACCCGUCGGUUGGUGGGUUCUUGACUCAUGGUGGGUGGGGUUCGGUCAUUGAGAGCUUGAGUGCUGGUGUGCCCAUGAUAUGUUGUCCAUUUGCGGGUGACCAACGGACUAAUUGUAGACAGAUGUGCAAAGAAUGGGAGGUUGGUUUGGAGAUUGAAAGGAAUAUUGUGAAUAGGGAUGUUGUGGAGAAGGUGGUUAGGGUUUUGAUGGAGGGUGCAGAGGGUGCAAGAAUGAGGAAGAAAGCUUUGGAGUGGAAGAAAAUGGCGGAAAUGGCCACCGGUCCUAAUGGAUCAUCAUACCUAGAUGCAAAGAAGCUUGCUAAUCAAAUACUGUAACUGAAUUAUCAACAAGCUAGAUUUUCUUGUUAUAUUUUAUUUUACUUCAUUUUAAUCA